UGAGAAGAAAGUCAUGAGAAAAGUCAAGAGAGGAGGUCUCAGGAUGCUUUCAAACUAAAAGUCGGAUUUUGGAUGAAACGAGAGCAAGAGAAGCUGGGAAACGUGGAGGCUUGCAGACGAGGGGCUCGGCUUCUGUGCAGGGUCUCAGCAAAGAGAGAUGGAGGAUAAGAUCGAGGGAGAGAACAGGUUGACACGACAGUUUCACGAUGAGUCAUUUGGUGACAUUUUAGUGAAUAAUGCCCCGACACGCUUCUGCUCUCCACUCAGUCGAGCUCAGAGGGUCGUAGGUAACAUCGCGUUCUGGCUUCUUCAUCUACGAUGCCGCCUCUCUGCUAUUUGAGGUUCCUCUUGCUGUGCUGCCUUCCCUCUUCUGGGCUCUCCCUUCAAUGUAACCAGAACCAAUAUGCCUGGCCCACAGAGUCACCCACAGUCUGCUGCGACAAGUGCUCACCAGGUUCUCAUAUGGAGUCAAGACCACCCGGCUCUUGUAAAAUUAAUUGCAAACCAUGCACAGGUGAUCGAUUCAUGGAUUCCCACAAUGUGGAGAUGAGCUGCAAAGUUUGUGACAUUUGCAAUAAACCUAACUUUGUGACAGAGACCAACUGUACCUCCACCCGUAACACGGUCUGCAAGUGUCAAACCGGCUAUACGUGCACGGACGAGACCUGUACCAAGUGUGAGCUGAUACCGACACCCACCAAUCCCACCCCAGCUACAAACACUGCAGCCAUGAGAUCCACCACCUCCCGAGUUCCAAAUCAACCUAUCAAAGAUACGGUGCUGUUCCUGGUGAUCGUUGUUCUUCUGUGUGCUGGAAUAAUUCUGGUUGCUCUGACAAAAAUGAAGCCCCUUCUGCACUGGGUCCGGUCCAAUCACGGUUACUUUCUGGCUAAAAAACCCUCCUCAGGACCUUCAAGUUCAGAGGAUGUAGACGUGUCCAAGCCCAUCCAGGAGGUUUGUGGGAAAUGUGACCAACCUCUAGAAAUAUGUAUAAAAGACUAGAACCUGAAGCCGGAUGGCUGCAAACUAAACAGAACGUUCAGAAACGAGACAGGUGCAAAUGGAGAGAACCGGCACUCCAAUCCGUUUAAGGACAACCAGG